UCAUGUCCGAUGUCAAUGCAGGUGCAACGCUGGACACAGGUCGGAUAGAAGCCGUGGCGGACACCGCAUUCGAUGUGUCUUUGCUGGUGAUGGGCACUGUAGCACUGAGCAAGUCAAGGUGUACUGGCUAUAGCAGUCGACAUAUGGAAGGCCUGGUACGACCAUUUGUUUGAGACGGAGGCGUUGUUUUAUGCUCGUCCAGCAAUGGCAGGCGAGUGAGAGAG